GUGGUGGUGGUUGGGAGCUAUAAGAGGAAGUAUGCAUAGCUGUCUUUUGUUAUUAAAAUUGCGUUUGGCAUGCAUGCUGAAUGAACUUACUGUGCUGCGUCAGCAAACACCGCACCUAAACUUUCCUGUUCACACAGAAGCAGAAAGCCACUGUGCAGCUUACUGAUUUAGGACUGGAUUUAAAUCUUUUGGCUGCCCAAGAUUAUGAAUUCAAAAAUUGUAAAGCUACUGCAUGACACUAUGUAGACCUCCAUAAUGUAACAGUCUUCACUUCUGACAAACGAGGUGGAUGACUUUUCAUCAUGGCCGAGAAUAAGUGCUUCAUUUAUGUGGCGGCAGCCGCAUCCAUUGUGACUGUUGUGCUAAUUGUCAUUUUGGUGCCUCUGAGUUUUUCAGGAGUUGAAUACUAUGAGUUUGGAUUUAAACGUCAAAAAAGUACUGGUACUGUAGACACCAAACAAGUCUACUCUGGUGGGAAGCAUUUCAUUGGACCAGAUUAUGAAUUCAAAAUUUUUAAAGCUACUGCACACUAUGUAGACCUCCGUGAUGUGACUGUCUUCACCUCUGACAAACUUGAGAUUAAACUUGAUGUGCAGUAUCAGUAUUUCCUGCGUGAAGAAGAUCUUCCUACACUUCAUAGAAACUAUGACUUGUUUUAUGAUAACGUUGUUAAAACAAGUGCUAUUGAUGCACUUAAGGGAGAGGCACCAAAAUUUUCAACUCGAGAAUAUAUUACCAAUCGCAAUGCAAUUGAGACAGCUCUGUAUAACGGUGUGCGUGAGCGGCUGGGGGGCAUUUGUUGCUUACAAAGCUGCAGUCUUUAUGAAUUUGCUUGCCCUCCUGGAUGUAAAAAUUCCUCAUCUUGUGAUCCCAGCACAGACAAAGGGCUGUGGGUUAACGUCAAGUAUUUUCAGCUUGGUGCUGUGGAAAUUCCUUCAGAUGUGGAGGAUAGAUUUCUGAGGUCUCUUACACUCAAAGAGGAUGCGGAUCGCGAAAAGCUGCUCCAGGAAGCUCAAGUUGUGCGGAAAACAACCGAAGCCAUGGUCCGAGAUAUUCAGAACCAGGCCACUGAGAUUCUUCAAGAAGCCCAAGUGCAGUCCGAGCUAAUUGGCACCAUUUCUACAGCCAACUUCACUGCAAACGUCGAAAAGGCAAGAGCAGAGGGGCUGAAAAAUCUCUACCAGCAGCUUGGGUUAACUACUCAAGAGAUGAAGAACUCCUUUGACUACUUGAGAACUCUUCGUCUGCUUGAAAAUGUCCAUUUUACUGUUGACUUCCAACAAAGAAUAGUUGGCAAUUUUAAAUGACAUACUUGAAAGAAGGCAGCCAUAAUUACUCAUUUGAAAACAGUUUACUGGGGAAAUACUUUUUGCAUUUUUAAAGUGCCUGAUAAAAAGUAAGUCAUCUCCUUUAAUGCAAUUUUCAAAUUGAAAAUUAUCCCCACUUUUCAAAGUUAGAACCAAGCUCUGAUAUUUUCUUUCCUAACAUUUUCUACUUGGUGGCUCAAAAACAAUUUUGUUGUUGUUGUUAAUUCUUACUUUUAUUUUUAUGACAGUAUUCAUUCUGUAUAUUUUUAUUUAUAAAUUCUGUAUUCAUUAAAAAAUAUUUUCACAGGAUGUACUUGAUUUUUAUUGUCAUACUAUUAUGGUUUCUCAGGGUAAUUUUCUAACUGUUUCUAAUUAAGGCUAAAGAGUUUAUGGAAUGUUUAUGUUGCACAAAGUUUACACAAUUAUAAUUACACAACAAUAAGUAAAUGAAGAUAUCUUUGGUACAUCUAAUUGAUAAGACUUUAUUUAUCCCAGAGGGCAAUUUGAAAUAUCUGUACUAAAUUGAGUUCAUGAAACACAUUUUUAUAGGCAUACAAGUACUUCUAGAAAUUCACUAUAACUGUGAUCUUUGCAAAGAAACGGCACGAUUUUAUACAUGAUGAAUGUGUGGAUUUUCUCUAUUUCCUUAGAAUUAUUAGAGAGAUGGAUGCUAAGAAGCAGCUUGUUUCUUCAAUGGUAUUGUCACACUUUUUGCUUUCUCAUUUAUGAUGAAAGAUGAAGCAAAAACUACAACUACCUUGUAAUUAAAUACAUUUUGAUGUUCUGUACUCUUGUUUGACAGUUCUUCACUAAAAUACAUACAAUCAUGUAGACUGAGUAUUUGCAUGGAUGCAUGAAUGCAUCUCCAUUUGUAAUGCAUUUAGGGGUUCCCUUUUCCCAUAGCAUCCUCUUUCACACAUGCUCUCAUUUCCUUUCUUUUCUUCACACACACGCACAUAAAUUUUACAGAUGUAACUUGAUAUCACAUUCUUUACAUAUUAUGCCUGCUUUAUUAUUUGCAGAGUAAAUCAUGAAAGCAGCAUAACACCAAGCAAAUUGAAACACGCUGGAGUGUUUCACUGAAAAAAAAAAUGGGGGGAGGGGGAAAUACUUUUUUGACUAUCAGUGUUGAAAACUGCACCUAAGUAUUUCACAGAGCAUGGAUUACAUUAAAUAUAAAUAUCUUGCCUACUUAUGCUACAAAUGACUAUUGUUUAAAAUGAAUGAAUGAACAUCCUGAUGAUCAAUUUCCUUUGUAGAUAUUUUUACUGAGGUCAUUAAAGCAAUUGUUAAAACA